UCUCUCUCUCUCUUAUAAAUAUACACCACCACCCUCCACCCCCUUUUGUUUUCUAUAUGUUCCUUGAAUAUCAAAGAAGAAGGGGUGGUAGAGAGUUCUUUAGGCUUUCUAUGAUCCAAAGGAGAAAAACCCAUUUUAGUUUUUGAUCUGAUCUUGUGGGAAAAGGAAAAUAUUUGAAGGAAAAGGGUGUUGCUUUCUUUCUUCUUUUUGUUUUGGUUCUUUUGAGGGUUGUUGGCUGCUUUGAAAGAAAAAAACAAGAAAAGAAUGGCAAUUCAAGCGCAGCUGUAUUCGGAUAAUAUUGGGUUUCCAUUGUGCGGCUCCCAGGAUUGGAUUGAUAAUGGUUGUGGCGGGGUUAAUCAAUUCUGUUUCGGUCUUCUACAGAAAUCACAGCUGCAACAACAACAACUACAACAACAGCAGCAACAGUUGCAGCAGCUUCAGAGUCAGCAGCGAAGGAAUCAAAGUCUUUAUUUUGACAACAGUCUUCUUGCCUCCUCUAUCAAGAACAUCAAUACCACCACCACCAACAACAACAAUCGUGAAUCAAUGAUGUAUUGCCAAAGCAUGGAUUCUCAGGUUGAGAAGCAAAGACAUGAGAUUGAUCAGUUUAUCAGAUCACAGAAUGAGCGAUUGAUAUUGUUACUGCAAGAGCAAAGGAAACAACAAGUUGCAGCUUUGGUAAAAAGAAUAGAAUCAAAAGCUUUCCUUUUGCUUAGACAAAAGGAUGAAGAGAUAGCAAAAGCAACAAGUAAAACAAUGGAGUUACAAAAUUUGUUGAAGAAACUAGAGAUGGAGAGCCAAGCAUGGCAAAGAGUGGCACAGGAAAAUGAAGUAAUGGUGGCGGCGCUAAACAACAGUCUCGAACAACUACGAGAACAAGCGUCUUGUUGUUUUAAUGGGGUAGACGAUGCAGAGUCAUGCUGUGAAGUGAACGGAGAAGGAAUAGAAGCAGCGGAAAACAGAGGUUUCGCAGGACUUGUUGUGGAUCGUGGACAAGAAGAAGCCGAAGAAGAAAGAACAAGAACCCCGACGAUUAUGGUUUGCAAAUGCUGCAAUUCUCGAAAUUCGUGCGUUUUGUUCCUCCCUUGCAGACACCUUUCUUCAUGCAAGGAUUGUGCAGCUUUUCUUGAUUCUUGCCCCGUUUGUAGAACGGCAAAGAAAGCUAGCAUAGAGGCCCUGAUUCCUUAGGCAGGACCAAAAAUUUCAGGGGAAAUGUGAACGGAAAAAACCCCAGAAAAAGAAAAAGAAGAUAAAGACAGAAAAACAGAUGAUGAUGGCUGAAUAUAACCCAUGUGGCUUCUAGGAUUGAAUUCUCACUAGGUCUUUUAUUUUUGCUUAAUUUUUUUGGUUUUUUCCCCUUUUUAGGUACUCUGGGCUUUAGAUUAAACUUGUACUUAAGCAACCAAAAAAAAAAAAUGAAUCAAUUGAACAGAAAUUACCGCAGGAAUAGGACAGAGCAUCUUUUUUGCCGUUCCUGAAGUUAGUGCCUGACCCUAUUUUAGGUAGUAGUAAGCACAUAUAUUCUGGCAGAUUGAUUUGAUUAUUCAUAUCAGAUAUGAUGGCAAUUA